AUGGAACUUGGGGAAAUCUAUCAGCCAUUUCAUGUAGUGAGAGCUCGACUUGGGGACAGUGUGACACUGCAAUGCUUUUACCCAGAGAAAUACUUCUUUUUGGCCUGGUACAAACAGAAUGUCGGAGAGAGACCUCAGAUUUUGGCAUCAGUGUUCAAAACCGGAGAUGUGACCUUUUACAAUGAAUAUAAAAAUAAUCAUCGCUUCGAAGUACAAAGGGAUACUAAACAAUUCCAUUUAAAUAUUUCAAAUAUUCAAGAAUUGGAUUUGGCUGUGUAUUACUGUAGCAGAACAUAUGUGUCUAUUAUGGACUUUGGAGAUGGAACUUUUCUAACCUUACAGGGCUCAGAGAAACACUCUGUUCUGCAACCAAUAGUGACUAAAGUUAUUCAACCAGGAGACACCAAGACUUUACAGUGCACAGUGCCAGCUGAGAUCUGUGCAGGAGAACACAGUGUUUUCUGGUUCAGACAAGGUUCAGGAGAAUCCCAUCCAGGAGUCAUUUACACCCAUGGAAACAGGAGUGAGAAGAGGUCUGAGGCUGGUUCUCCUACACAGAGCUGUGUCUAUCACCUCCCCAAGAGGAACCUCAGUCCGUCUGAUGCUGGAACUUAUUACUGUGCUGUGGCAACAUGUGAAGAGAUUCUAUUUGGGAACAGAACCAGACUUGACUUUAGAGAGGCUCCAGACCAAAACAGUGCCACUAAGCACAAGGCCGAAGAACCCUGUAGGCCGAAGGAACAGCAAGAGGAAAACCAAGAUAAUCUCAACUAUGUGGCUCUGACUUUAACCAGUAAGAGAUCCAAAGUAGAGAGACAAAGGAGCUCCACUGAGAAGGAGACGCUUUACUCAUCAGUCAGGUAUUCGAACCGCAACUGA